UUUCCAGAGACCCGCCCUCGCGAGCGUUGCGGCGCAGGCUCGGCUGUGUCCGGCGUGGGGGUCUGGGGUUCAGGCCGAUAGUAUUUAGUUCCACGAUGUUUGGGAACCUCUUUGAAGAGGAUUAUUCCAGUGUGUCAGAAAAUCAGUACGGAAAGGGGAAGAAAUUAAAGACUAAAGCUUUGGAGCCACCUGCUCCCAGAGAAUUUACCAAUUUAAGUGGAAUCAGAAACCAGGGUGGGACGUGUUACCUCAAUUCGCUUCUUCAGACGCUUCAUUUUACUCCUGAAUUCAGAGAAGCUUUAUUUUCUCUUGGUCCAGAAGAGCUUGGUUCUUUAGAAGAUAAGGAUAAGCCUGAUGCAAAGGUCCGGAUCAUACCUUUGCAGCUGCAGCGCUUGUUUGCCCAGCUCCUGCUCUUGGACCAGGAAGCCGCAUCCACCAUAGACCUCACUGACAGCUUUGGGUGGAGCAGUGAUGAGGAAAUGAGACAACAUGAUGUGCAGGAACUGAAUCGAAUUCUCUUCAGUGCUUUGGAAACUUCUUUGGUUGGGACCUCUGGCCAUGACCUCAUCGAUCGUCUGUACCAUGGAACCAUUGUGAACCAGAUUGUUUGUAAGGAGUGUAUGAAUGUCAGUGAGAAGCAGGAAGAUUUCUUAGAUCUGACAGUAGCCGUCAAAAAUGUGUCUGGGUUGGAAGACGCACUCCGGAACAUGUACGUAGAAGAAGAAGUGUUCGACUGUGACAACCUGUACCACUGUGGGACCUGUGACCGGCUGGUUGAAGCAGCCAAGUCUGCCAAGUUGCGUAAGCUGCCUCCCUUUCUUACUGUUUCAUUACUAAGAUUUAAUUUUGAUUUUGUGAAAUGUGAACGCUAUAAGGAAACCAGCUGUUACACGUUCCCUCUCCAGAUCAACCUCAAGCCUUUUUGUGAACAGAGUGAACUGGAGGACCUGGAGUACAUAUAUGACCUCUUCUCCGUCAUUAUCCACAGAGGCGGCUGCUACGGAGGGCAUUACCAUGUGUACAUUAAGGAUGUCGACCACCUGGGGAACUGGCAGUUUCAAGAGGAAAAAAGUAAGACAGAUGUGAAUUUGAAAGCUCUUCAGAAUGAAGAAUCUGACGAUCCAGUGAUGGUUCUACAAACAAUCUUACUGCAGGAGGAGAACAAUCAAAUUCCUCUUGAUCAGCUGGGCCAGAAACUCCUGAAGAAGACAGGAAUAACUUGGAACAAGAAGUACAGAAAACAGCACGGACCACUGCGGAAGUUCCUACAGCUCCACCCUCAGGUGUUUCUGCUCAGCUCAGAUGAAAGUACAGUUAGUCUCCCGAAGAGCCACCCUGUCUGGGCUGAGUCUGAUCUCCCAAGGAACCAUGCUCAGAUUGUGCGUACGCUGGCCUCCGAACCCCCAGGGUUAACUGAGAAUGCCACCUGUCCCCACUGGUUUGAUAUCAAUGAUUCCAGAGUCCACCCGAUCAGAGAGCAGGACAUCACACAGCAGUUCCAGGGUAAAGAAAGUGCCUACAUGCUGUUCUAUCGGAAAUCCAAGCUGCAGAGGCCCUCUGAAGCUCGAGCUAAUCCCAGACACAGGGUUCCAUCUCAUCUGCUGAAGGAAAUGGACGCAGCCAACACUCAGCUGCAGAUGAGAAGGGCAGAAUGUGAUUCUGCAAACAGUAGUUUUGAAUUGCAUCUCCACCUGGGCCCUCACUAUCGUUUCUUCAAUGGAGCUCUUCACCCCAUGUUCUCUCAGACAGAGAGCGUGUGGAACUUGACCUUUGAUAAAAGAAAAACCUUAGGAGAUCUCCGACAGUCAAUAUUUCAGCUAUUAGAAUUUUGGGAAGGAGACAUGGUUCUCAGUGUUGCAAAGCGUGUUCCAGCAGGACUUCAUGUGUACCACACCCUUGAUGGGGAUGAACUGACACUGUGUGAAGCUGAAAUUGCUGAUGGAGAAGACAUCUUUGUAUGGAAUGGAGUAGAAGUUGGUGGAGUCCAGAUCCAGACUGGCUCUGAGUGCGAGCCUCUGCUCUUCCAUGUUCUUCGUCUAGAGACCAGCGGAGAAGGUGCCACGCGUGAGCAGUGGGUGGAGUCGUCACAUGUGUUUGCAGCCAAUGCAGAGAUGGGCGCUCUGUUUAGAGUUUUGGCCGUGCCAGCAGGCGCCAUUCUCCUGAACAGUGCGGAGACCGCAGAUGAAGAGCACUGGACUGCGAUCCCCAAGGAUGACUUGACGAAGACGCUCAGAGAGCAAGGCCUCAGAGACGGGAGCGUCAUUCUAGUCCAGGGAUUGGACAGUGAUGAUAGCAGUUUGUUGCCUAAACAAGCAAUACGGACCAGCAGUGCCAAAGAGACCAGCUGGUUGCAUGUGAGAAAUUUAUGCCAGUUAGACCCAGAAGAGAAGCAAGUUCAAAUACCCGCAGCUCUUAACACAGUGGUGUUUGAUAUUCGAAUUAAAGCCAUAGAGGAGUUAAAAUUAAUGAAGGAACUAGCUGAGAACAGCUGUUUGAGACCCAUUGAUAGAACUGGGAAGCUCCUUCGUCCAGUACCAGACAGGUGCACUUUGGAGGAGGCAGAAGUGAAGCUGGGGAGUUCGUUGGGACUGUGUCCUGGAAAAGCACCCACUUCCUCUCAGCUCUUCCUGUUUUUUGCUCUGGGAACUGACAUUGAGCCUGGAGCAGAGAUGGAAGUCAUAGUUGAAGAAACAGCCUCUGUCAGAGAUUGUUUAAAGAUAAUGCUGGAGAAAGCAGGUCAGCCAGGAGAUAUGUGGCAUUUACGGAAGAUGGAUUGGUGCUAUGAACCUGGGGAGCCUUUGUGUGAAGAAGAUGCAACACUGAAAGAGCUUAUGAUAAGUUCCGGUGAUACUUUGCUUUUAAUUGAAGGAAAACUUCCUCCUCCGGGUUCCCUGAAGGUGCCCAUCUGGUGGUACCAGCCUCCAGGGCUGUCAGGACACUGGGAGCAUCGGGGCCACCCCACCUGCACCACUUCUCAAUGUACUACCUGGGGAGGUACUCCCAGCCAAGGUGCUCCUGGCCCCAAGCCCACAGAAGUUUCUCUCCUCUACUUGGGCAGCGUGGAGAUCUCGGAAGAGGCCUCAUUGAUGGAGCUGAAGGCACAGGCCAUGGCUUUGCCUUCAGCCACAGAGCUCACUCUCCGGUCCACAGCCCUCCUUCGAGCCUGGACAGUGGAGAACAAGCGCCUUGGCAGGCUCUUGCGCACUGACCGGCAGCAGCUCAAGGAAUACAAACUAGGCCAGAGAGCAGGAAUCUGCCUGGAACCCCUUCCGAAAGAAGAAAGCUUGAGCCCCCAGGACGUGCUGCUGAGGACACAGCUGCGUAUCCCUGGCGAGAGGGCCUACACCCUUCCCGUGGACUUGGUGUGGGACACUACCCGAGGAUGGACUGCUGGCUCCUUGAGGCAGAGAGUGGCCAAUUUCUAUUCCCUUCCUGUGGAGAAAAUUGAAAUUGCCAAAUACUUUCCUGAAAAGUUUGAGUGGCUUCCAAUAUCUAGCUGGAAUCAGCAAGUUUCCAAAAGGAAAAAGAAGAAAAACCAAGAUACUUUGCAAGGCGGACCCUAUUACUUGAAAGAUGGAGAUACCAUUGGUGUGAAGAAUGUCCUGGUUGACGAUGAGGAGGAUCUCAGCACAAUCAGUCAUGACACUGGAAAAGGGAACCAGGAACAGCUGGCUGUGGGGAAAAAGAAAAGCCGAGAAGUCCUACGUACACAGAGAAGUGACAUGCUCUCCAGCGCAGGAACACCCACUCGGCCUCGGGGACCAGAAGCUUCUCUAUCCAUCCACGUUGGGAGCUUCAGAUAGCCCCACAGCAGUACAUGACCCACAGCACCCAAGCUCUAUGCUCCAGACACAGCCAUCCUGCCAGUUCUAUGACUGAGGCUUUGUGCAUCUGGUGGGUGACCUGGUUGCCUGUGCAGCCUGGGUCCCAAGUCCUCAGCUUGGUUACAGGGGAAGAGAUGAUGCUUCUCAGGCCAGGCAAGUGCACCUGAUCACCAGGUCUGACACACACCAGCCCUUUAGGGCUGGCCCAGACUCAGAUACUGUGUAGGUACCAACCAGAACUGGCCUCCCACGCCUGACCCCAGUGGCCUUUUUCCAGAAAGUUUAUUCCUUGGACACAAUGCCAAGUUGCUCAAGUUGGACAAAUCUGCUAGGUAAGACACACACCUGUUCAGUCUCUUACUCUGUUGAGGUCAUCUGCCUUGACACAGGUUCCGGCACCUCAUCUCAUGCUGCAAGGCAGUGGCACUUUGAAGCUGUGUCCCCACCCUCAGAACCCACCAUCCCAGUUCUCACAACAUGCUCCUCCUUUGGGGUCAGCUUAGAAGUGGGACUCAACACAGCAGCACUGCAGUCACUGGACUGCUGAGAAGGACAAGCUGGGUGUGGCUCAGGCUGACCCGCCUCAGUGUGCUGGAGCACGCCUACCACAGCCCAGCACCACAGCCUCUUCCUUUGGAAGCCUGCUAGAGGCAGAGCCAUCACAGAAGCCUGGCACAAGUCCAGGUUCUCAGUUGUCCUGGGCAGAUAGACCUUUUUCUUUCUACUCAACACAGGUAAUUGUCCAACUUAGAGGAUUUAGUGUUUAUGUGCUGUAGCUACAAUGUACUACUAAAACAGCAUCUGUUACUGAGUUGGCUGGUUGGGACACUGGGUGACGCAGUCCAAGGCAGCAUUCCUAAGAUACAGUUCAUUCAAGCCCUGGUUGUCAGCCAGGGUCUGGGUUCCUCCUCACUGUCACGUGCAUCUUUGUCAGGGAGCAGACAGCUGAGGCCUGGCUUUGGGCCGGGCCCUGCUGGCUCUCACCUCUGGUGUAGCAGUGCUGUCUCCGCUGUAGAGCUGACACUCAGCAGGUGACCCUGCUCUUGUCCUCUCAACACCAUGGACAACCCUUCAUCUCUGCGUUUAUCAAGAGAUUGUGUUGUCAGGUGGCCAUUUCUGUUGACGCACUCGCAUUGUAUGACACUGGAUGUGGCCUGGCGAGCUGCCGUCUGAUCCCUCACACACAGGAGUUCCAGGAGACCAAACUACGCAUGACCGCAGAGGAGUCCCGAGUCCUGUGUACCGCCUGUAGCCAACACAGUUCUUGGUCUGCCCCAUCUUCAGGCAGUGAAGGACUCGCAUAAUGUCUGUGACUCAGCUCUCAGAAGCCAGAGACUUCCCUGAACCUCUGGAGGACAUGCCUGAGGUGCUGGUGGUCCCACCCUGUUAACUGGCUUAUUUGGUUUUGUUCUUAAUUGGGGAUAGGGUGGUGGUGAACAGGGAAAUAAACUAUUUUUAAAGCCGUAGUCCUGCUUGCCGUAUGCCGACUGCCACGUGUUCUGCUUGCUUAAAUGGAGCUUUGUGGCCUUUUCUGUCCAGCAUACUUAAGAUGCUAAACAAACAUGGCUUAUAUUUAGAAACAGUGCUUUGGAAAUAAGUAUGUUUGGGUUUAAAA